AUGGUGGAAGACUUUUUUGAGGUCUUUAUGGAUGACUGUGUUGACCAUCUAGGUCGAGUGCUUAAACACUAUGAGGAGACUAAUCUGGUGCUGAAUUGGGAAAAGUUUCGCUUCAUGGUGAAGGAAGAUAUCGUUCUAGGGCAUAAAAUCUCUGAAAAGGGGAUUGAGGUCGAUCAGGCAAAGAUUGAUGUGUUUUCAAAGCUUCCUCCACCUAUCUCAGUUAAGCUACGUGAAAAAGAGGCUAAGUUCGAGUUUGAUGAGAAGUGUCGCAAGGCAUUCGAUAAAUUGAAGGAGUGUUUGACCACUGCUCCUAUUAUUGUUUCUCCUGAUUGGUCUCUGCCAUUCGAGUUGAUGCGCGAUGCAAGCGAUUUUGCCAUUGGUGUUGUGCUUGCCUAUCUGUUGGGGUCUAAAAUUUUGGUUUACGCUGAUCAUGCUGCAUUGAGGUAUCUGAUGGCGAAAAAAGAAGCUAAGCCGCGGUUAAUUAGAUGGGUACUACUGUUGCAAGAGUUUGAUUUCGAGGUUUUAGUAGUGACAGCUGAGGUAGCACCUGGGUGUGAAGACAUAGCCAACUUUUUGGUGACGGGCAUUAUUCCUGAUGAUAUAAAGUCAUACCAGAAGAAGAAGUUUUUGCGCAAUUCUUGUAUGUAUUACUGGGAUGAGCCAUACUUGUUCAGAACAUGCGCUGAUAACAUCAUUCGGCGUUGUGUUUCUGAGUGUGAGGUAAUGGAAAUUCUGAAGGUGUGCCUCGACUCUCCUGUUGGGGGUCGUCAUAGUGGCACUCGGACUGCUGUAAAAGUUUCUCGAAUGUGGUUAUUACUGGCCUACUCUCUUUGA